CUGGGCAGGGUUGGAGCUCUUUAAAGCAUGCCAAAGACUAAUGCAAUGUGUUAACGCGGCACUACCGACAACUAAUGGACUGACGGUGAUGGUACAUUCGGAUGGAGAAACAAAUUAGCUCAAUUAGUGUUCGAUAUCUCUGGAGGAGUUUAAUAGUUGAUAUCGUUCUGCUAUAGAAUUAGAAAUGGGGUGUUAUUUCACAUAGUAACUAUACCUUACGUAAUCGCGGUGUAUAGGCGCAAGGUGAGACAUACAUUCAUACUGACGAUAGUACAACUCGCGGAGUUGUCUUCUUAUUGGCCUGACAUGUACCCAUUGUUUUAUUAAAUGAUAUGUACGUCAACAAUGAUAUUUAACAGCUAGAACCAAAUCACGCAUAUAUUUAUACAUGUACUCAUGCAUGACCAACAGCGAACUGUCAUUACGCACAGGUGGACACAUAAUAAUUACAGCCAUCUUGGAGAAUUAAACUUUUGUUGUUUUGUUCAUGAAUGGUCAUCGUAUAUUUGUAUUGAAUAACCUCCUUCCUGUCGAAUGGAUGAGUGUGACAUUGUGUUUGAUGUCUAUAGUCUAAGUCAUGCAAAAACAUACCGAGGAAUGGGUAUCAGGCUCCCGGUAAGGACGAGAUAAAAACAAUGGAUAGGUGUUCUAGACAUGCUACAUAUGUUACAACUUUACAUCUGGACAUUUCGCCAACUAUAAAACCCGUAAAGCAGACAACUUAAAACCGUCGUAGCCCUGAAAAGGUUUAAAAACACCACAAUGACGACGACAGAUUUCGAGCAUUUGCCAAUCACCUUCCAACUCCCGAACACCACGACGUCACCUGGCGCGGAAGGCAACCUGACGGAACCUGGAGAGGAGCUUACCGCGGACAGCAUCAUAGUUCCGGUGAUCUGGGCGCUUCUGGUGAUUAUUGGGACAAUAGGCAAUGGGAUAGUGAUUUAUAUACUGAGCAGGUAUGGCGAACGGACUGUGACUAAUAUAUAUGUCGUCAAUCUAGCCUUCUCCGACCUUACCUUCAUCGUGAUAGUACUACCAAUCACGGCCAUACACUUUGUUAUACCCACGUACAUGUUCGGAGAGGUGGUGUGCCGGAUCAGUAUCUACCUGAUAUACGUCACCCUCCACGCCACCUGUCUUACGUUGAUGGCCAUGACGAUAGACCGAUACUUCGCCAUCGUCUUUCCUAUACAGUCUAUGAACUGGCGGAACGCUCUCGUGGCCACCAUUGUCAGCGUUGCCGUAUGGAUCGUCUCCUGUCUGAUAUCGCUACCGUACGUUCUGUUCACGAAGCUCUUAGAAAAAAACGGCGUAAGCGUUUGCACACAGCAAUGGCCACUAGAGGGCAUGAACAAGGGCAUGGCUCUGGGCGUAGUGAUAACAUCGUACAUUCUUCCCUUGGGAGUCAUACUCGGCUGUUAUGGCAAGAUUCUCCAAUACCUAUGGUGGGGAAGCAAACUCAAGAAACACGAUCAUGAGUGUAAUGGAGCUCCUUUGUCACUGAAAAGCAAAGCACAGCAAAACCGGAAGCGACGAGUAACGAGAAUGGUUGCGGUGGUUGUUCUACUCUUCGCAGCCUGCUGGCUACCAAUACAUAUCAUAACGCUGUGGAUGGCGUUUGAUCCAAACUUUCCCUUAAUAGACCCCCUCCUUAUUUUUAAAAUAUUUUCCCAUACAUUAUCAUAUGCCAAUUCCUGUGUCAAUCCCUUUGUGUAUGCAUUUCUAAACGAUGGAUUCCGAAAGGCAUUUCAGAAGGGGUUUCCGAGUUUUAGUCGGCGGUGCAGCUGCCUGUGCCGGAACUCAAAAGAAAGCCAAGAGACUAGUAUGAUAGACAAGGCUGUGGAGGCUAGACCUGGACUUGAGCAGUCAGAACUCCUCACUACAACCCAAACACUUAAGCGUACGUGAAGGGCGGAAUGUUGUCAUAGAGGCAACUUUUACUGUGAGUAGCCAACAGGUAUGGGUAUAUUUGGACUUAUGAUUCAUUACUUCACCUGUCAUAUUACAACAGAUGACAAUAGGGUGUAUACUGGCCUAUCAACUUCAUAUUUGUUCAGUAUGAUAUCAAGCUUGGCACAGGACAGAAUUGACUGACACUGCUGCUAUCGUCAACAUGUGGUUUAUGUUCCAGUUACUCCCGGCCAUCACCAUGACCUUGAAAUUCAGAUUAUAAUUAUACAAUUACGAUUGCCAUCAUUAUACAAUAGCUUUAGAAUUAUAACUCACUCACUUAAUAUAUCUAAUUACCAAAUUACAUAAAAGUCACUAUUUUACACAAUAUAUAUCUUCAAUAAGACCCCCGCCGUUACUCAAUAUAUAUAAAAUUUUAAUCUAUCAUUACACAAUAUCUAGAUUACCAUCAUACGCAAUAUCACUUCAUCAAUGUAUACCGCAACCGUCAAACAAUACAAGUAUUGAUUAACUUAUAGUCCACCAAUCGCAAAAUAUAGUAUAUAGAUUCAAUUUAAACGUCAACACUGCACAAUUUAUCAAUUUAAUUGCAAAUUGAUAUUCACAGGAACAUAUUAUGAAUGAACGAGCACACAAUAACAAAUAUUAUAAUUAUACUUGAGGAAAAGUUGAUAAAAUAUUCAGCUAUUGUAUUUUAAAUAAUUAGACAUAAAGAAUGACCGGGAUCCACUGAAAUAUAGCCAUUGUCAUUGGUAUAUAUAACUGGCUGAGCAUUUUAAUAUAAUGUCGUGCGCAAAAUGUGAUGUCGUGCCUGAACAACGUGUUAGUGAUGGCCUGUUGUGUAAUCGUGAAAUGAUACAUUCCGCAUCUGCAGAUGCGUUGCUUAGCAUGUCAAGCAUUAUUAGUAAGUAACUUGUCAUGAAAGUACUCUAAGCACGAGAGGGUGUCGAUAAAGUCCAGCAGUUAGAUAUCACACAAUAUGUAUACACAUUAUCAGUGUUUGGAUAGAUAACCUAAUUCAAUAUAAUAAUUGUGUUGGUAUCAGCUUCCCUCUGCUCACUGAUACUUCGUUGUUUAUUAUAUAUCAUCAUGACAUUAUUUAUACAUUUGUCUUGGAGUUGGGCUACAUGUAACAGUAAUAUGUCUGGAGACUAACGUGCAAGUUUAUAUAUCACCCAAGGAUAUGCAAACCGCAGGACGGAUUGUUUGGGUGAAGGUUCCUAAUAGCUGAAUUUCUCUGAAUAUUAAUUUCGUAUUGACUCAUUGUAUAUAUCAUAGUUUUCAUUAUGCAUACAUUUUACAUAUAAUUUGUUAAGAGCUUGUUAAGAAAUGAUGACCGUAAAUGUUAUUACCAAAACAUAUAUAGGCAUCUCUCAUGGUACGCCUUUGCUAGAUAUUUCCCCGGGGAGUUCAAAAAAGGUAAAAUAUUAUAUAGGAUAUACUUAAACAUUUGAAUAACAAAUUACGUAGGGGAUCUUUGUAUGAUUAGAAUUAUAAAUAAUACAAGCCACAGAAUCAAUUUGACAAUACAUAUUUUAUUACUAUUCAAGUGUGUUAUAAACUAGUGAAUGCUCCCUUAAUUCAAUGCUCAUAGCAGGCUUAUACCAUUGCUGAAGUUACAAUGUGAUAACUAUUUCGAUACAUAGUUCCUGGGCUUUCCAUUUGUUUCUUAAACUCACUAUAGUAAAAUGUUGUGUUUGUGCUAUGUUCUUUUAGUCUGUUUUGACGAUAUAUACUACGGUAUCGUUUUUGAGAAAGGCCACCCGAAAAGAGCUAUUUUUGACAAUUUGAUUAUCGUUCCCUGUCUAUCUAUGUCUAUAGAGGAUAAGUGGAUCUAGGCAUGACACUUGUAAAAUGAUGUUAUGCAUGCGCUUAAUUGUUUUAUUGAUUCAUGUAGAAAUGUGUUUUGGCAAUCUUAAGUGCCAAUAAUGCUUUUAUUUGUGUUGUUUUAAUAUACAUAUGUACAUCAUUGCUUAAAUUUGUUCCGCAUCCUUCGAUUGCAAUACAUAUGUAAUGCAAUAUGAUAUUGAGAUUAUAACAUUUGUUCACGUGACUACUAUUAUGACGUCACCUUCCUAACCUUUUCUGUUCCAAGAACGUACAGACGGAUGUUUCAAGAGUAUAAUUACAAAAAAUAACUCUAUUACAGUCUAUUAAAAUAUUGAUGAAAGUGAUGAAUAUUUUAUUAACUUGUCAGGAACAGUAAUACGAGUUAUACCACGACAUUGUUACGAUUUUGACAGCAUUGCCACAUAUUUGAUAUACUUAACAAUGAAAGUUCCAAUAUACGUCACUUUAACAGUUACGGUCAGUCAAGGAUGGUCUUUCCUGUGUACCAGAUGCAUUUGUGUAUGCCUGCGUGUUUUAGGAGGCUUCAGCAUAAUCUUCUUUUCUUCUGGUGAUAACGCGAAAUUUAUGAUUACUAUAAAGCUACCUCCUUUAACAUACUGUCGAAGACAUCCACCAGGACACAUCAUCCGAUCGCUUUAUACUAACAACAGGUUAAGCCGGUCGGCCCACUCCCAGCGUUCAACAAGACUAGUACAAUUUGUAACAACAUGUACUUGCCCACAGACUUUAGCAGUUCUUGGUCAGGGGACAACCCACAUCAUGCUUCCUCACUGGGGCCAACUAAAAGCUAGUUUUGUUACAGGGUCAAGGAAAAUGUUAGGUAGACAAAAGUUAUUUGGGGGUGGGGGCGGUAUUUGGAACUAUGAAUGGAAAUAUAUUUCGAUAUAAUUCAAUAUAUGAAAGCAAAAACAUGAUUAACACAGGGAUGUUUUGAUUGACAACAUGCACAUGUAUAUGUCUCUCUUAUUUUGAACUUGUUAUGUGGUUAGCGAAUCAACUUGUCAUCUUCAUUUAUGCUGUUUAUCUGCAUUGAUAAUACUUAAAAUAUGUCAUUGAAAUAUGUGUAUUCAUUAAACUGGCUUUAUUCAUGAAUUAAUAAAUAAUUUAUUGUAAAUCAAAUCAAUUAUUCUUGACAAAUUCAGUCUUAAAUUCGUAUUAUAUUAUUCAUGUCAUGUGAAUGUUUCGUGGCCUAUUUAUUUCACUUCUAUAUAAAUUGUGUUGUGUUGUAGACAUCCAUCUGCUAUGUACAUGCAUAUAUAAAACUUUUUGUUCAUCACUUAUCUAAAAUGUUAUGUCUGUCUUACCAUGUACGUACAAAAAACAACUAUACUGCCUAUAAUAUGUGAUGUAUGCUGCUUUAAAUCCAUGUCCGAAAUAUCGUUAUGUAUAUUGUGGCUAGACACCUAGUGUGGUGACGUCGUGUGUUUCACUAUAAAUAAUGGCUUCCUUUAAAUUGUAAUAAAUAGUACUUGCCAAA